CGUCCCCGGCGGCCGCGCUGCACUGUGGGUACGCCCGUGACUGAUGAAUAUUAAUGAUAAGAGCACCGACUGACCUGUAAACAAACAGGUAAAUGAUUGCCUGCGUUAUUGAUCUGAUCCAUCGCAGUCCCGGCGCCUUCAUCUGUUUCUGCUGUGAUUCUCCCUCCCAGCGCGGUUAUCGCUCGGUUAUGGGUGGUUUAUUAUAGCCUUGUAAACGAGGCUAGAGAAGAUUAACCAGCUGUCAUAAGAGACGCCUCCGGAACCGAGAACAGUGUCACCAUGUCUCUGAGUGGAGGAGCUGCUUGAUAUUGAUAUGCAUGCUGUUAUAUUGUUAUUCUCAGUGUCACCAUGUCUCUGAGUGGAGGAGCUGCUUGAUAUUGAUAUCCAUGCUGUUAUAUUGUUAUUCUCAGUGUCACCAUGUCUCUGAGUGGAGGAGCUGCUUGAUAUUGAUAUGCAUGCUGUUAUAUUGUUAUUCUCAGUGUCACCAUGUCUCUGAGUGGAGGAGCUGCUUGAUAUUGAUAUGCAUGUUGUUAUAUUGUUAUACUCAGUGUCACCAUGUCUCUGAGCGGGGAGGAGCUCCUGUGCAGCACGCAGCAAGUCAUUGCUGGGCUGGAGGCACUGAGGGGAGAGAACCGCAAUCUCCUGGACAAGCUGCAGGGGGCGCUACAGAGCAGGCAGCCAGAGGACUGCACCGGACUGGAGCAGGAGAAGAGUGGCAUCAUACUGGAGUCCCUGGAGAGAAUCGAACUGGGACUGGGAGAGGCACAGGUGAUGAUGGCUCUCUCUGCCCACCUGGGGGCGCUAGAGGCUGAGAAGCAGAAACUGAGGGCUCAGGUCCGGAGGCUCUGCCAGGAGAACCAGUGGCUGCGUGACGAGCUGGCCGGGACCCAGCAGAGACUGGGAGAGAGGGAGCAGGAGCUCGUCACCCUGGAGGAGCAGAACAGACACCUGAGCUUCAUGAGCAGCAUCCGCAAAUACGAUGAGGACCAGGAGCACAGCGGGGCACUGGAUGAGAAGGAAACUGCCUCUUUGAAGGACUCUCUCGAUGACCUGUUCCCCACAGACGAGGAGGAGCAAUCCCAAAUGUCUCGGCCUCACAGCAGUGCAGCAGCAGCAGCUCAGCAGGGUGGGUAUGAGAUCCCGGCCCGGCUGCGCACGCUUCAUAACUUGGUGAUCCAGUAUGCCUCUCACGGCCGCUACGAGGUGGCCGUGCCACUGUGCAAGCAGGCCCUCGAGGACCUGGAGAAAUCCUCCGGACACAACCACCCCGACGUGGCCACCAUGCUCAACAUCCUGGCACUCGUGUACCGAGACCAGAACAAAUACAAAGAGGCUGCAAACCUUCUAAAUGAUGCCCUGGCUAUUCGGGAGAAAACUCUGGGAAUGGACCACCCAGCGGUGGCAGCGACGCUGAAUAACCUGGCAGUGCUGUACGGGAAGAGGGGCAAAUACAAGGAGGCAGAGCCACUGUGUAAACGAGCCCUGGAGAUCAGAGAGAAGGUCCUGGGGACGGACCACCCUGACGUUGCGAAGCAGCUCAAUAAUCUGGCUCUGCUCUGCCAGAACCAGGGCAAGUACCAGGAGGUGGAGCUUUACUAUGAGAGAGCCCUGCACAUCUACCAGAGCCGGCUGGGCAGCGAUGACCCCAACGUAGCCAAGACCAAGAACAACCUGGCCUCGUGUUACCUGAAACAGGGGAAGUACCGGCAGGCGGAGGCUCUUUACAAGGAGAUCCUGACACACGCACACGAGAGGGAGUUCGGGUCAGUCGAGGGAGAUGGGCGGCCCAUUUGGAUUCACACAGAAGAAGGGAGCAACACACAGGACGGGCUGGGCAGUCUCAAGCGCAGUGGUUCGUUCACGAAGCUUCGAGAGUCGAUCCGCCGGAGCAGUGAGAAGCUUGUCAGGAAGCUGAAAGGAGUGGGAGCGACAGAGACAGCGCCCCGGAACCCUGGUAUGAAGCGAGCAAACUCCCUCAAUGUGCUCAACGUGGGGGGGAAGGCUGCGUCCGACUCCUGUCAGCCAAGUCCUAGCAGUCUGACAGAGUCCCGAGGCCUCAGCUCCAGCACUCAGAGUCUGGCUCGACGCGGAUCACUGAAUGCAGCCAGCUAGCACACACCUAGCACAGAGCCAGCACACCAUCAAGAACAGAGCCAGCACAGACCAAGAACACCCAGCACACCAUCAAGAACAGAGCCAGCACAGACCAAGAACACCCAGCACACACCAAGAACAGAGGCAGCACACAUCAAGAACACCCAGCACAGACCAAGAACAGAGCCAGCACACACCAAGAACACCCAGCACA